GAACAAGGUAAAUUGGGAAAUCAAGAAAGCAAAAAAAAAAUAUUAUCGCUAUAAAGUAAAACAACUUGAAACCACUAAUCCUCGUGCUUGGUACAAGAAGGUGAAAAAGGUUUGUGGCCAAUCCAAAGAUAGUCCCCGCAUUGUAUUUGAAAAUCCGUCUCCUGAAACUGCUAUUAAUGCUUCCGCAAUGAUAAACGAACACUUAACACACAUUUGCCAGGAGCUAGAGCCUUUAAAACUAGAUGAACUCUCUUCAUUUCUUCCUGCAGAAUCACCACCGCCACAGUUAUUGGUUAGCGAAGUUCGACAGCAACUUACCAAAGUUCAAAGUAGUAAAGCAGUUCCUCCAGGUGAAAUCCCUCCAGCUAUCAUCAAGGAAUUUGCACCAGAAUUAGCCGAACCACUUACACAUAUUUUCAACCGCUCUCUCUCCGAAGGUAUUGUACCAAAGCGUUGGAAACAGGCGACUGUAAUUCCAAUACCAAAAAAGAAAGGCAAUGUGGGACUGGAUCAGAUCCGACCAAUUUCACUCACCUCUUUGUUUGUUCGAAUAUUAGAACAUUUUGUAAAUUAG